AGCUCAACCCCAAAAUGGCGGGAAUCAGCCCGGAGACGGCGCUGCCAGCUACAGAACCUCCAUCAAAACGGCGAAGGGUACAAGAUGACAGCGUCGAUUCCACCCCGUCAUGUUUUGAGUCGCCUGAUGGCGCACCCCAGAGCCCCGCGCCAAACACUAGCCGCCUUCCCGACCAGAGCCUCUCCAUUCGGCAUGCGAAUCUUCAUGCCAAACCCAACAACCACCACCGCCACGACCAAAUUCCGAUCAUCCCCAACUACCAACCCCACCUCGUCCUCCAAGGCCACACCCGCGCCGUCUCCCAAGUGCGCAUCUCCCCCGAUGGCCGAUGGAUUGCCUCGGCCUCGGCCGACGGCACAGCCAAGAUUUGGGACGCCGCGACCGGCGCCCACCUCGAAACACUCGUCGGCCACAUGGCGGGCGUCUCGUGCGUGGCUUGGGCGCCCGACAGCAACACCCUCGCUACUGGCUCCGAUGACAAGGCGAUCCGGCUCUGGGACCGCGUCACCGGUAGCCCCGCGCAUGCCGUCGCCCACCGAGAGAACCCUGGGGCGGCGGCGGGGCUAGUGAUGAAGGGCCUGACAGGGAAAGCGGCCGCGGCGAGGAGAGCCCGGACAGGUGUCCCCGGGGAGGGAGUCAGGGGCGGGAGGACGGGACGGGGCCCGCUGCUGGGGCAUCACAACUAUGUUUAUUGCCUUGCGUUCUCACCCAAGGGGAAUAUCCUGGCGAGCGGGAGCUACGACGAGGCUGUGUUUCUGUGGGAUGUAAGGGCCGGAAGGCUGAUGAGGAGCCUGCCCGCGCAUAGCGACCCUGUGAGCGGGGUGGAUUUUUGCAGGGACGGGACGUUGGUGGUGAGCUGUUCUACCGACGGGUUGAUCCGCAUCUGGGAUACGUCCACCGGCCAGUGCUUGCGGACUCUGGUGCACGAAGACAACCCUGCGGUUACCAACGUCUGUUUCAGCCCGAAUGGUCGAUUCGUUCUGGCCUUCAACCUUGACCACUCUAUACGACUGUGGGAUUACGUCUCUGGUGCCGUCAAGAAGACAUACCAGGGCCACACCAAUAAGGGAUUUUCGAUCGGGGGGUGCUUCGGCGUUCUCACCGACGCCGACGAUGGAGCUGGGGAAGACGCAGACGAUAAUGGCAAUAUCCGCCAGCAAGCGUUCAUUACGUCAGCCAGCGAGGACGGGGAUAUUGUCAUGUGGGACGUCGCGAGCAAGGCGGUAGUGCAGCGAAUCAAGGGCGCGCACAAGGGGGUGUGUUUCUGGGUUGACGUUCACGGCAGCACCAUGGCGAGCGCCGGACAGGAUAACUUAAUCAAGGUGUUCAGACACCGACCGAGGGGUGGCCGUCUCAAGCGGGAAAACGGUGUUGGUGAGGGCAUAGACGGGGUUAACGGAGAUGAUGAACAGGACGGUACUCCUGAUGCUGCGAUGGCGGAUGAGGAAUUGCAACGACGUAUUGGGGCCAGUGAGGCGUCGCCUGGAUUGCACGUCAAAGAAGAACAACCGUGA